AUGCAGCCCAUCGAUCUGAGUACCUGCACAGUUGCACUGCACAUCUUCCAGCUGAAUGAAGACGGCCCCAGCAGUGAAAACCUGGAGGAAGAGACAGAAAACAUCAUUGCGGCAAACCACUGGGUUCUGCCUGCAGUGGAGUUCCAUGGUCUGUGGGACAGCCUGGUGUAUGACGUGGAAGUUAAGUCACAUCUGUUCCCUUUUGUAUAUUCUGUGGUUAAUGCAACUAGUAUUGUUGGUGGAAAUUUGUUACAGCACCGAUUUAAACGUGUUUGCUUGGAUUUUGUUAUAGGCCCUCCAGGAACUGGAAAAACAUCCCUGUGUAAAGCGUUAGCCCAGAAGUUGACCAUCAGGCUCUCAAACAGGUACCAGUACGGCCAGUUAAUUGAGAUUAACAGCCAUAGCCUCUUUUCUAAGUGGUUUUCAGAAAGUGGCAAGCUGGUGACCAAGAUGUUCCAGAAGAUUCAGGAUUUCAUAGACGACAAAGAUGCCCUGGUGUUUGUGCUCAUCGACGAGGUGGAGAGCCUCACCGCAGCCCGCAACGCCUGCAGGGCAGGCACAGAGCCCUCGGACGCCAUCCGUGUGGUCAAUGCUGUCCUAACCCAGAUCGACCAGAUUAAGAGGCACUCCAAUGUGGUGAUCCUGACCACGUCCAACAUCACGGAGCGCAUCGACGUGGCCUUUGUGGACAGGGCUGACAUCAAGCAGUACAUCGGGCCCCCGUCAGCGGCUGCCAUCUUCAAGAUCUACCUCUCGUGCUUGGAGGAGCUCAUGAAGUGUCAGAUCAUCUACCCUCGCCAGCAGCUGCUGACCCUGCGGGAGCUGGAGAUGAUCGGCUUCAUCGAGAACAACGUGUCUAGGCUGAGCCUCCUGCUGAGCGAGAUCUCAAGGAAGAGCGAAGGGCUCAGUGGCCGGGUCCUGCGGAAGCUGCCUUUCCUGGCCCACGCGCUGUAUGUGCAGGCCCCCACCGUCACGAUAGAGGGAUUCCUCCAGGCCCUGUCCCUGGCGGUAGACAGACAGUUUGAAGAGAGAAAGAAGCUUUCUGCUCACGUGUGAUCCUCAGUGCUGGCUCCCUCCCCCAGCAGCGCUCCCACGGAAACACUGUGCCUGGGACCCCGGCCAGGACCUGCUCAGUGCCCUCCCACCCAGGCGGGACAUCACGUUCCUCCAAGCACCCUCCACCCUGUGACCUCUCUCAGAGACGGCACCAACCCGGAGGCCACAACCC